CUCUUUUUUAUUUUUUCCUCUUUUUAUUUUUUUUAUUUUUCCUCUUUUUUUCUUUUCUUUUUUCUUGUUUGGUGAUUCGUUGUUCAGUUUUCACCGUCAUGCGCCGCUCGUUCCAAAAUACGCGAUUGGUCUGGCUACUGGGAGCACUUGUUCUGGUCUGUUUGUCGAGUGCUUCCGUCCAGGCCAACUCGUGCGAUGACGAGUGCCCAGUCCCGUGCGAAUGCCCAGUCCCGUGCGAUCUCGAUUGCACAGAGUGCGUGUGCACAUGGUCGCCCCCAGCCGCCGACUCGUGCCAAAAUGGGGACUGCACUUGUGAUUCGGACGGUGUGGUAGAAUGCGCCGUUUUGACAGAAACCAUGAAGCUACCGCAAGACACGCAGUCUCUCGAACUGCUCUCGCUUUCUGCAUCGAACUUUCAGUUCAUUGAUUUUUCUGGGCUGACCCAGCUGAACUUUCUGAAGCUGCCAUUCGCCAUGCAAAAAACCCAAGUUUCUGCGAGCAUGUUUUCCGGUCUCACAUCUCUCACAAGACUCCUCUUAAGUUCUAGCACUUUCAACUUGAACGUUUUCAAGCUAAUGAACAUAACAACACUAGAUGUUUUUGAUCACGUCGGGACUUCUGGGGCUUUUUUUGGCAUGAAUUCAGUGCAGACAUUAUCAUUGGUCAUGCCGACGUCACUUUCAGCCAAUUCUCUGUCGGGGCUCCCUGCACUUCGAACCCUUCAGCUUCAGCUUGAUACUAAUAGUGUGCCUGCAUGGCUGAGUACUAUCAUCAGUCCGGUUUCGAACGCUUUGACCUCCUUAAGCGUUUACUCAAACACCAACUUUUUCGCCUCGUUGACUGUCUCAGCUCCCAACCUACAAUCACUAACCAUCAGUGGCUCCGACAUCACUUCAAUCUCGUCGAAUCAGUUUGCGCCGACUCCCGGCCAUCUCCAGUCCUUGCAAACUCUCUCGAUUCUCAACCAGCCGAUCAGAAGUCUUCCUAGCAGCACAUUUUCAAACCUACCCGUUCUGACAUCUCUGUUCGUGAAAGACAGCGCCAUUACUCAAAUCUCCUCGACUGCGUUCCAAGGUCUGUCGCAAUUGACGACGCUCGAUUUGACCAACAAUCGGCUCACAAGCAUUCCUGCGACGGUCUUUGAUAAUACUCCGUCCUUGAUCGUACUGAGACUCUCCCCGUCCCGGAUUACGCAGUAUCCCCAAAAUCUCUUCCAAGGGCUCCAAGCUGCUCCCAUCUUAUAUCUGGGCGGCCCAGCCUCUACUCUUCCCCCUGGCUUGUUCCAGAACGCCGCAUGGACAUCCGCUGCGACGGUGUAUUUUUCUCCCAACAACUUUACGUUUGGUAGCAAUAUUCGUGCGCCUCCUAGCACAUAUGGUUCGGCCGCGUCUCCACAAGCUUGUCACCCAGCUUGUGCAACGUGCUAUGCUGCUUCCGCAGCUGCCUGCUGCCCUUCAGACUGUCUCUAUUGUACUUCAAGCAGCACGUGCUCGCAGUGCUACGAUGGCUAUGUGCUGACUGGGAACACUUGCGGCUCCAUCGAAUUCGUCUCAUCGGCUGCUUCUGUGGCUUCCCUGGUCUCGAUCGCCUCCAUCCCGUCGGCUGCAUCGGUACAGUCCGUCGAGUCCGCUCAAUCCGUGGCUUCUGUCGAUUCAGCAUCUUCUGUCUCGGUCCAACUCGUUGAAGCCACUUCAGCCGAGUCAGCCAGGUCUGUGUCUGCGUCUUCCGCAAUGUCGGUAGAAUCGGCAAUCUCGGCUUCCAUUGCGGCAGCUGCAGCUGCAAACAAGAACAGUGACGACAGCUCAACGUUGCCUAUCAUUGUUGGUGCUGUGGCUGGUUGCGUCCUUCUUCUUGCCCUGAUCGCUCUCGCAGUCACCUUGUACAGGCGGCGCUCGCAAUCCCAGCUGGCCACGUCCUCUAGUAUGCGCCGCACCUCGCAAGUGUUCAUGAGCGAUUCAUUCUCCUUCCGGCCCGAUGAGACGUUUACCAAGAGCUACAUGCAAUCGGAGGCGCUGUACGAAUCGGUCGAUGUGUACGCCAGCACGACCGAGAAUCCCAUGUACUCGGAGGUGUUGGGGCUGGCUGAACCAGUGGCGAACGAAAUUCCCCCUGCCUCUGGCACUGAUUACGUGGCACCCUCCCCUUAGAGAUCUUCUGAGCUCGUAUGAGAGAUCUUCUGAGCUAACCAAAAAAAAAAAAAACCAAAGCCCCUGUCCUGUUUGUUAAGCCAUCGGGCUUUGACCACCUCCAGCUGAGCGGAUAGGAUGGGGUUUCUGAGUUCUACAUCGAGUUCUAAAGUGUUGGAAAUUAUUUUCCCCCCCCAGAGUUAAAUAUUCGUGUUUGAAAAUUGGAGCCAAACAAAAACAUGGCGUUGUGAACUAGUUGUCAAGUGUUUGACAUUGCGUUGCAGAGGUUUUUGAUCGUGUUGCGAGUUAUUAAAAGUGUUUCAGAGUUAUUAAAAGUGUUUCAGAG